AUGGGGGAUUUCAAUGCUAUCAGAUAUCCUCAUGAAAAGAUUGGGGUCUCCCAAUCCUGGUCCUCUGCUAAGGAACUGUUUAAUUACUCCAUUCUUCAAGCUGGUUUUGAUGAUAUUUCCUAUAGUGGUUGCCAUUUCACCUGGGCUAACAAACAAGUGGAUGGUCAUUACAUAGCUUCAAAAAUUGAUAGAGUUUUAGUGAAUGAUAAUUGGCUUAAGACUUUUCCUUUUUCUCAUGCUCAAUUCUGUCUCUCAGGCCCUUCUGACCACUCUCCUGCUAUUCUUAGUAUCAUUCUUGAUGUCUCUAGAGAGGAGUUAGAGAAUAUCCAAUUCAAACUUGAUAGGGAUCCUGGAAAUAUGGAGUUUCAAUCUUCUGAGAGAAUUUUGUGUAAGAAAUAUAUUGAUUUGUGUCAGGUUGUGGGGAGUUUGGCUAAACAAAAAUCUAGAAUUCAAUGGCUGAGUUUGGGUGACAGGAACAGUAGCUUUUUCUUUAGGACUGUCAGAAAUAACAUUAACAGAGGUAGAAUUAGUAGUAUUACUAUGGAUAAUGGGGUUAGAGUGACUAAACCCCUUGAUAUUCAUGAAGCUUCUGUGUCUCACUUCUCCAAUUUACUUGGUUCUCCUAGUGUGGGUACCUAUGAUGGGUUUGGUAGAGUUAAUGAACUAAUCAAUAAGAGGCUUUCGAGUGCCCAGGUGACUACUUUGGGGCAAGAUGUGACUGUUGAGGAGAUUACUAGUGCAUUUCGGUCCCUUAAUCCUAAUAAAGCUCUUGGUCCUGAUGGUUACUCUACAGGGUUUUUCCAUAGUGCUUGGGAUAUUGUUGGUAAUGAGGUCAUCCAAGCUAUAAAAUCUUUUUUUGACUUGGGGGAAUUGCUUAAAGAGAUCUACUGCACCACUGUUGCCUUAGUGCUUACGAUCCCCAACCCUGGCAAGGUAGGGGACUACAGGCCUAUUUCUUGUUGCAACACUAUCUAUGAGUGUAUUGCCAAAAUCAUUGCUAAUAGAAUCAAGAUUGUGCUUCUUGAUAUUAUUGACCUUGUGCAAUCUGCUUUCGUUGAUCUCAUGAAAGCAUAUGAUAAUGUGAGAUGGGAUUUUUUGUUUGAUGUGCUUAGAACUAUGGCUUUCCCAACUCGUGCUAGGGGGUUGAGACAAGGGGACCCUUUAUCCUCUUAUCUUUUUGUCAUUGUUAUGGAAGUCUUGGCUAGAAUUUUAAAUGAGAAGUUCCUUGAUCCUCAAUUCAAAUUUCACUGGAGAUGUGCGAAAAAUAAAAUUGUCAACCUUUGUUUUGCAGAUGAUCUCAUGAUUUUUUGUAAAGGGCAUAUUCAAUCUGUUACUCUCAUUAAGCAAGGUAGGGCUCAGCUGAUAAGCUCUAUCCUAUUCUCUAUGCAAGUUUACUGGUCCUCUCUCUUUAUUAUCCCCAAAAAGGUAAUUAAGGAGAUUGAGGCUUUGUGUAGAUCUUUUUUGUGGUCUGGUCUUGCUCUUAAGAAGUUUGGGGCUAAGGUUUCUUGGGAUAGGGUGUGUGCCCCUAGAGGUGAAGAGGGUCUUGGGUUUGAAUCUAUGGAGAUUUGGAAUAAAGCUGCUGUGUCUAAACAUAUUUGGUUUUUAGUCUUUGGGGGUGAGCAAUCCAUGUGGUGCCAAUGGGUGAAAUCCUACCUUUUAAAAGGUCAUAGUUUUUGGAAUGUCAAAGUUCCUAGUGAUCUUUCUUGGGUUUGGAGGAAACUUCUGUCUCUUAGAGUCCUUACUUACCCUCUGAUCAAAUUUUUGGUAGGUUCUGGUGAGCAAACUUUCCUUUGGUUCGACAAUUGGCAUCCAUUAGGUCCUCUUGGGGCUAAGUAUGGGGAUAGGUUCAUUUCUGACACUGCUCUUGGCUGCCAAUCUAAAGUGAGGUCCAUUGUUUUUUAUACUGGGUGGACGUGGCCUAAUGAGUCCUCUUGGGAGGUGCAAGAAAUCAUUUCUAACACCCUUCUUGAUUUGAUUCCUUCUCUGUUGAGGGUGGACAAAGUUAUUUGGGUUCCUACUUGUGAUGGCAAUUUUAGUAUUGGGUCUGCUUGGCAGCAUUGGAGAACUAAGUGGCCUAAGAACCAUUGA